AUGUAUAUAUGUAUUUAUAUUUAUAGUGGAAUAGCAUGAUCUUUGGUUGAUGUUUCUCACUUCUAUACCCGAGAUAUUGAUCCUCAACUUUAUAUUUACACAUUGUUUCUUUAGAGUUUAGGUUCGUACAUUUCUCGAUGGUACACUUCUCGCAUUGUCUCGUUAGAUUCGUACAUUUUCUCAAUAUUAAAUUUCUGGUACUGGGGACUGAUUCUCGAAAUCACACGCAAAUUUGCGUGUACGAUAAUUUUCGCAUGACUAAUAUUGCAUACGUUAUACUAAAGACGCUGAUAGCUAUUCUCGAAUUGAAGUGAAAAUUGUCAUUCGAAAAUGUCCGUAUGCGAUAGUCUCACAACGUUGCCAAGUGUAAAAUAUGAAGUUGUACCAAUCAGAAUUCUGCUAUAACAGAAUGAAAGUAUAAUAAUGAAGGUAUAAGGUAAAAACAUAACCUUACAAUUUAUAAGUCUCAAAAUUAGUUAAACACAGUACAGUUGAAAUAACUAGGUAAGCAAACUGUUAAUAUUGGGAACAUUAACAAUAGAUUCAAUUAAAAUUUUGCGAUAGAUCUAAUGUAUGUCCAAAUUAAAUUCGUAUUUUGCUAGUCCCAUAUGUCUGUAAAUAUAAUUCGACGGUAGAUUGGUGACAAAAGCAAAAUCCUACAUAUAUUUUAUUAAAACUUAUUUAAUUGAUCAUAACAGAUUGUUGUUUCAAUUAUCAAUCUAUUAAUACAUGUGGAACAGGUAGAAAAGUUUGUUACACUUCUAUAAAUCAGGUAAAUUUGUAUAGCAGGUGCUUUAAAAACUCUAUUUUGAUAGAUAUUACAGAAAUAAAAAAUGAGUACCAAAAGAGUAGGAUAUAUAACUGCAGAGCAAAAGGAAACACUUGUAGAAUUUAUGAAGCAAAAUGAGAAAUUAAGAUCUGGUAAGUUUUCGGCAUCAUUUACGACAAAAGAUGCACAAAAAUUGUGGAUGACGCUUGCUGAAGACUUAUAUAAGAUACCUAAUGGGGCAGUUAAAGAUUGGAAACAGUGGAGGAAGACUUGGCAAGAUCUUUAUGGAAAAACAAAGGCAAAACAUAAUCAAAUUAAUAAAUAUACAAAAGGAACAGGUGGUGGUCCUUCAUUAUCAAGUACAGAACAAUUAACAUCUAUUGAACAACAGGUUUUGGAAACAAUCAAUACAACAGCAAUUAGUCGCCAUAGUAAUAUUGCAGAACCAGAUGUUGCAUUUAUAUGAAUUUGAAGAUAUACAAUACUUGGACGAGAACGUAUUACAUCUGAACACAGAAACAAUGAAUGUGGAGACAAUAGACAUGGAUACAAAUAAUGAAGCUAUAUCAUGCGAUACAGACAUGGAUACAAAUAAUAAUGAAGCUAUAUUAUGCGAUACACAAUUCUUUUGCAGAGAAUGAAACAAGGUUAAAGAAAAAAAAGAAUAUAAUAAGAACUACUGAUAGAAGAAAAGAAAAAAAUGAAACAGCUGAAAAUAUACUUACCAACAACACCAACCCACCACAAAGAAGAAGAACAGUAACAAGUCAUAAAUUACAAAAAAUAGUGGAAUAUACUAAUGACUUACAAGCAACACUAUCCAAGUGCCACACGCCGAUUUUGA